AUGGCAAAGACGGCCAAGCUCAAGAAGAAGCAGGUCGCCCCCCACUCCCGUGCUGCUCGCCGCGCUGCUUCUCCCUCCAUCAAGCUCCCCGAGGACGUCAAGACCAGGACGCGAGACUCACACUCGCCCUCGAGGCCCUCGGAAGCGAAGCACCACGUCCUCUCCGCGCAGAAUGCCGGCAUCUCCAAGAAGAAGGGCGGUAACCUCAAGCGCGCACAGCGAGUCCGCGCGCAAAAGGCCAUGGAGCGCGCAGCAGACGACAUGGACAAGUGGGAGCUGAAGAAGGCGAAGAGCAUAACGAAGGCUGCCUCCAUCAAGGAGCGAGCCAAGCUGUGGGACGACAUCAACGGAGAGAGCACGAGCGGGAAGAAGAGCGCUUCUGCUACCUUGGCAGACGACAACGAGACCGCGGCGAGCAAAAAGGAGCGUGAGUGGGUCAGCGACGAGGACAUGGACGACGCUGCAGCUGCGAGAGACGCUGCCCUACAGAGUGAAGGGAAGACGGUGGAGGCCGCAGCUGCAGCCCCUGCGAGCGGCCCAGCAGCAUCCGCACAGGAGGACGAGCUGUUGUGA